AUGGCUACAAUGAUAACAUCUUGGAAUCCAGAAAAGAAACAUAGUGAUGUUGAGAGAUGGGUGUGUAUUUAUCCUGCAUAUAUAAAUAGUAAAAAGACUCUUGCUGAAGGACGCAGAUUGCCAAAAUCAUCCUGUGUUGAAAAUCCAACACAUCAGGAAAUAAGGGAUGUGUUGCUAGCUACUGGCCUUCGAGUGGGUGUUGAAAAUAAGUUGUAUCCAAGGGAACGUAGUAAGGAAAUAUUGUACAGGGGCAGAAUUCGUGUACAAAUAAAAAAUGAUGACGGUACACCUAUAAAACCUGAGUUUAGUACAAGAGAAUCUGUUAUGAAAUAUAUUGGUGAAUCGAUACCUAAGUUAAAGACUCGACAAAACAGACCAGUUGAUCAGCAGCCACAGACUACUCAAGCUAGUAGCAAAAGCAAAGGCAAGAAGGGUCGGCGAUAA